GAGAGGUGGAAAGGUUCUCAUUUCCGAGGCGUUUCCGUUACUUAAAACAUCUGCGUUAAAAUACGCUGGCGUCACGUAUCAGAGAUGAAGUGUGUGCGGGCUUUCAGGCGGAGAAUCAGCACAGAACUGUGAUAUACAGGAAGCGCUCAACUUCAACUCAAGGACAUCUAACCACUACAGAUUUAUUUCAAUGGCCUCAGGUAUGGCAAAGUUGCUGCAGUUGCUCCUGAGCGUGGCUGAAAAAGCUGCCAAUGUGGCACGGGUCUGUCGACAGGAAGCAUCGCUUUUUGAACUUUUGGUACAGGAAAAGACAGGAGCUGACAAAAACAAGAAAUUCGUCCAGGACUUUAAGACACUUGCUGAUGUGUUGAUACAGGAAAUGAUUCGCCAUGAUGUUUGUGCCCAGUUUCCGGAAUUGGCUGGCUUUAUUCAUGGAGAGGAGUCAAACAAGUUUGAAAAUGGGCUUGGGGAGAGUGUUACUGUGACAGUAUGUGCUCAGGAAGAGGACACAACUACUCUGUUGGCUAAAGUUCUGGAUGGUGAUCAAAACGCUGCUUCCCUCCUGACCAAGGUGAUCCACCAGGAUCUUCAGAUUAGAGAUGAGAUGGCUGAAUCUCUACAGCUGUCAAUCAGUCCGGCCGACGUGGGCAUCUGGAUUGAUCCCAUCGAUGGAACAAGUCAGUACAUUGAGGGGAAAGAGGAAGAGGAGCCAGAUGAAGGCUUUUGUCCAUUCGGACUCCCGUGUGCUCUGGUUCUGAUUGGGGUUUACUUACGAUCCACUGGCCAACCAGUCAUGGGUGUUAUAAACCAGCCGUUUAACCACAAAGACUCAGCGGGUAAAGGAUGGAAAGGUCAGCACGUCUGGGGUGUUUCGUAUGAAGAUGUGAACGUUUGCUCCUGCACGCAGCGCCGGCCGUCGUGUCAACAAAAGAAAGAUUAUUUGUCUGUGCUGCUGAGCUCCAGUGAGAGGCCAGCUGUGAAGGAUGCUUUAGCGGCCAUUUCCAAUGGCUCACUGAUGUACGCGUCCGGUGCAGGAUACAAGAUCCUGUGCGUGGUCCAGGGUCUGGUGGAUGUUUAUGUGCUGUCAGAGGGCAGCACAUUCAAGUGGGACUCGUGUGCUCCUCAUGCACUUCUGCGGGCGUUGGGUGGUGGCAUCUCGGAUCUGAGUGAGUGCCUGCGUGCCCAUGUGAAAGGAAAAGAAGGACACGCAGCUGAACUGACCUACCAUCAACCUCACACUGAAAGUCAUGGUGUGGACAGAUGGGCGAACCGCGGAGGAAUAAUUGCAUAUUUGGAGUCCAGCGUUUUAGAUAAAGUUGUGGCAGCACUUGCUGGAAAGAUAUGAUAAAAAUAUUAUUAUACUGAAAGGCAAGCGCUUGGUGUAUGCAAUUAUGUUUUUUUUUUUUUAUUGCAUAAUCUUGUGACCUUUGCUAUUUUUAUAGUAAGAUUUAGUGGCAUAUUCAAAUGUUAAUUUAAGGCUGUAGCUUUUCAGGAGAAAAAAAUCUAUUAUAAUACUUGUCUACAAUGUAUAUAUAAGUUUUAUGUUUGGAAGAAGGUGGUUAUAUUUUCACAAAAAAUGGGAAAGGAAACCAGUUAAUAUUUUUCCUCUUUCUUAUGAUAUUGUUGCAUAAGUACAGAUGAUGUCACAUGUGUAAACAUUUCUGAUGGUCACCUGAGAUAAAAGAAACAGAAACCAACAGUUCUUCAUGUUUCAUAGUAGCUGGAUUAUCAUGCAUAACAAAUGCCUAGGCCCUUUUAUGGUGAUGUUUUGUCAAAAACAUUUAAAAACCUAAUUAUUCUUAAUAAUAAACGCUUGACCGAUAAUGUGUGUCAGAAAAAGAAAAAAGCAGAUGUGUUAGCUUUGAUGUCUUUACAUACAGCAACCCUUGUUCCAUCAUUUAUAGGAUAUUAUAUGGCUCAUUACAACUGUUACAGUCUGUAACAGUUUUCAUUUACUGAAAAAAUAAAAUAAAAUAAUGAAGACUUUUUAUUGGAAAAA